CGUCGCCUAUGAAUACGUCCUAAUGUCUUCGUAGACACGCUAUACCAUCGUUCUCGCCCUCCUGCCAUGUCCAAUGAGACCCAGAAGGCCGACCAGAUAGCUCACAGGUUAUACUCUAAACUCGCCUUAGUUGUCAACCAUGCACGAGCUACCAUUGAGCCAUCUCCCGCAGCCAAGGUCGACAAAUGGUUCAACCUCGAGACUCCAGACCCGGAGCUCUUUAGAGAGCACACCCGUGUCUAUCGCUCUAUCUCCACUUCGCCAGCCGUCCCUCUCUUCCAGCUUCAAGUUCUGCUAUGUAUCCCCGAGCUAGCUACCAACCAGGUACUCGUCUACCUCUCUCCCGACUCGUCUCGCGUACGCAUCGACCCUACCCCCCGCUACAUCGUCCUUGAGUCCUGGAACCUCGAGUAUGCCCCUCAUCCCUACAACCAUCACCAGACCCAGGAUGUGGCCCCCUCGACCAUGUACAAGCAUGGAAUCCCGCUCUUUCGCAGCAUCUUCACCCUUCUCCGCGUUCUCCCUGUGUGGAAGCUUGCACGUCGCCUCCGCAGGCGUACCGGGGGUAGUCGCAGCGGGAACUUCAGUAUAAGGCUGCGCGUCGACGGGGUCGAUGGCGACAUUCGCGCGGACGAAGUUUUGAGCUUUGAUACAGCUCCUCCCGCGCUCGCCCCGGUUCUGCAGACGGACAAGCACUCAUUGCCCCCUAUCACGCACCCCAUGGGUGAGCUCGCCGUCUCCGUGACGUACCUCACGUCCCCCAACUUCCAGCUCGACACGCUCGAGUCCCUCCUCUCCUCCCGCUUCCUCUCCCUCGACGAGGGCCCCGAUUUCACCCCUACCCUCAUCAAGAACCAGCAGCGGGACAGCAUUUCGGGGUCCCCCGGCAGUCUGCCCCUCCGCACGUCCUUGCCGCGCUCUCCCCCGCGCUCGGUUGCAGACCGGUUCGUUAUCCCCCCACCCUCCGCGGCGACUGCAUCGUCCCACGGGCGGUCGCCGUCAUUCUCGUCUGCCCAGGGCGCUAGAGGCAGUCCCGCGGGCAGCCCGAGACUUGGGAACAUCCCCUUACCGGUCACGCGGAACCUUUCGGGCGCGGGUAUGGGCACGUCUGGGGUCUCAGACUCGUCCUCGAUAAGACAGGGCGCGGGCUCAAUUAGCUCGAGGGAGGAGGUGUCCGCGCUUGCGGCGCGGAUACGCCGGGAGAGCAUGCAGGGGCGCAGUUCGGCAGAGUCGCCGACUGGUGUACCCAUACGGCGCACUCCAAUCACGACUGUCAAUGCGUUCAAGUCGUCGACCAUCUCUUCAGGCUCGCCCUCAUUGCAUUCCCCUUCCCCAUCAUUGCGACAACAGUCGCCGCUCUCGACGGGGGCUGGACCAUCCCUUCCAGGCCGUCCAGCCCAGUCUCCGACGUCGUCUCGUGUACCGCCGUCCCCUAUAGGCAGUGGGGCCAACUUCCCGUCUUCCCCUAUCACGCCAGCACGGCCCUCACCACCAUUCGUGCCUUCAAACCUAGGCUCGGGCCGGCCGUCUUCUGGUGAGGGCGUGUCGGCCAGCCCUUUGAGCGCGUCACCGAGGAAGAGGUAUUCUAGUAGCUUUGGUCAACGUUACGCGACACCGAGCAGUGGUGUGGGUGAGGCAAGCCCGAGAGGAAGCCCCGGGAGUGGGCCGAAGGAAAUUGUUCCGCCGCCGGCGUACCUGACCAGCAACACGGAUGACGACGACAUCUCGGCGUUCGUGCAGGAGAUCGACGCGCGUAGGCCGCUCUUGAGCAGACGCGAAGGGUCCGAGUCGCCCGUCCCCCCGCCGCCACUGACAAGUCAUACCCGCACAUCGACCAUUGACGAGGAGUCCGAGUCCUCGCGCUCGAGCGAUGUCGCACUGCGACCACGCACGUUGUCUACGCCCGUGCUCACGACGGAGAGCGCGGUGGAUGAGCGAUUGCGGGACAUGAAGGAGGCGUUCAUGGCGUCGCUGGAGGGCUUCGGAUCGCGGGGCUCAAGACGAGAGGCCAGUGCGUCGACAGAUCGGACUGCCACGGGGCCAGCGUCAACAUCGCGGCGGCCCCUUGGGGACCCGAUCGCAUACCCUAGUGUGGGGCGGAGGGAGAGUCCUCUUGGGGACUCGCCACAGGACAGGGAUAUCGCUCCGGGAGCGGCGGGAGGCAUCCUUCUGCCCCCUGCAUAUGUGCGUCCGAGGUUGGCUUCGACGGGGAGCGUGAGGAGUGGAUUCAGCGUGGCGUCGGAGGAGGUGCUAGGGAGGAUGGAUCCUGAGCUCGGGGGGAGCGACGAGAGACGGAGUCGGAGGGGCCCGCUUGGGAGUUGAAUCGUACUCGGGGAGAGGUGUUGUCAGUGGGAUGGAUAUGGAUGGGACGGAUGGCACUGUUAGACGAUGAGCAGGCCACAGAGUAUGACUUGAGGAGGGGGCUCGCCAGACACGACAUGCGGCUCGUUGAGCGCAGACACCGUCGUUGUAUCGAAUAUGGGUGCGCGGUCAUGUCCACGCUUUUGACGACUAUACGCCUCUCAAUCCAAGUCGGCCAAGUCGCGCGCCUCUAUCGCCUGCCCUCGUUCUCGUUCUCAUACCCCGCGUUGUGUACCUCUGGUCUCCGCCACUUAUGAUCUCGCUUAUGUAGCAUGCAUUUAUUCCAUGGACGUUCGGACUACAUCCUGGGCCGUCGGCGCGAGUACUCGCCCAGUUGUUGCAUUAUUAGCUAUUGUCUCCCUCGUACAUAUAGGCUUUCCGCAUCUAUGUUCUCCCUCUCACCCGACCUUUCACAUCAUACAUUACGUUCAACGUCAACACAUGUACUGUCCGAGAGCACAAUUGCACCUCACAAUAUUCCCGCUCGCCUCCCACC